AUGUCAGAGGACAAAGUCACAUAUGUCACUUACAAUGCCGGGAUCGAUGGGAAACACCUCCAUCUGGGAAACCUAGUUCACGACUACCAGAAUCCAAGCUUCUACGAGCCAUAUGUCGAGAAAGCGUACACCGACAUCAAGGACUCCCCUCCUGCUUGGGCCGAGCGAACCUCUCUGGGAAACUACGCGUUGACGCUCGGCAAAGGCAGCGAACAAGGCCACGCUGCUCCGCAAUCAGCCUCCCACGCUGCAGCCCAGCGAUACCGCGUCGCAGCAUCGGAGAAGACGACGAGAAUCGAGAUCAAAGAUCCCGAGGACUUCUUCCGAGAAGUCACACUCUCAUCUCCAUCCGCCAGGAGGUGGCUCUCUUCCCACCUGUCUGCCGCCGAGACCCUAGCCCAGUGGGAGAAGCCCUCCGCGCGACGACCCGCAAUCUGGAUGCUGACGGGUCUGAUCCUCAUGCAACACGCGACCUGGACCUCUCUCUCCAGCAGCAGCAGCAGCAGCAGCAACGACGCCGGGUUCGUCACGGGCAAGCAAGCACCGUUCCACCCCGCCGGCGUCUCGAGUCUUCGCCGCCUGUCCCUGAGCGAGAACGUCAAGCCCACGUUCGGGUUCCGGGGCGAGGGCAGGGAAGGGACGCACGUGGAGGGCGCAACGAUACACGAGACGGGCAAGUAUCCCGGCACGAGGGGCUGGGCUGCGCAGUGGCAGCGGCUGGAGUUCCUGGUGGGCGGGCCGGAGAGGUGGAAGGCGGGUGUGAAGGAGCUUGUUCGCUUGAAGGAUGGAGUAGCGAUGGUCAGGAUCGAUGAGGACGCUUAUGCAGGGAUAGGAGGCGGCCCGGAGAGAGAGCUUGAGGAAGUGGACUUCGACGAGGCCUACUGGGAUGCUUUUGUCGAUGCCAUUGAUUAG